UCUUUCGCGUUGGAAGCGCUGAGCCGAGCGAGGGAUGCUGCGCGUGCGGUGCCUGCGCGGAGGGAGCCGGGGGGCCGAAGCCGUGCACUACAUCGGGUCGAGGCUUGGAAGAGCCGUCAUAGGGUGGGUGCAGCGAACUUUCCAGAGCACCCACGUAGCUGCAGCCUCCCAGACUUCCUGUGCUGCUGCUGAGGACAACAACAAAGCCCCUGACCCCGUUCCCGAAGACUGCCCUGUCUGCUCACACAACGAAUGGGACCUGCUUGAAGAAGUCAUUGUCGGGAGAGCUGAAAAUGCCUGUGUCCCUCCUUUUUCUGUGGAGGUCAAGGCCAAUACCUACGAGAAGUACUGGGGAUUUUAUCAGAAGUAUGGUGGCCAAAGCUUCCCUCGGGAUCAUGUUGAGAAAGCAGUCGCUGAAAUAGAAGAGAUGUGCAAUAUUUUGAAAAUGGAAGGAGUGGUUGUCCAAAGGCCAGAACCACUUGAUUGGUCGGUCAAAUACAAAACUCCCGACUUUGAAUCCACUGGUAUGUAUGCAGCCAUGCCGAGGGACAUUUUAUUGGUGAUUGGGAAUGAAAUAAUUGAAGCUCCGAUGGCUUGGCGUGCCCGGUUCUUUGAGUACAGAGCCUACCGGCCCAUUAUCAAAGACUACUUUCACCGUGGGGCUAAAUGGACAACAGCACCAAAGCCCACAAUGGCUGACGAGCUUUAUGACCAGGAUUAUCCCAUCCGCACCGUGGAAGACAGGCACAAGCUGGCUGCCCAGGGAAAAUUUGUCACAACAGAAUUUGAGCCGUGCUUUGAUGCAGCUGACUUCAUAAGAGCGGGAAGAGACAUCUUUGUGCAAAGAAGUCAGGUGACCAACUACUUAGGUAUUGAAUGGAUGCGAAGGCACCUUGCUCCGGAGUACAGAGUGCACACCAUCUCUUUUAAAGAUCCCAAUCCCAUGCACAUCGAUGCCACAUUCAACAUCAUUGGGCCAGGCCUUGUGCUCUCCAAUCCCGAUCGCCCAUGCAAUGAGAUCGAACUCUUCAAGAAGGCAGGCUGGACAGUGGUUCACCCUCCGUUGCCCCUCAUUCCUGACGACCACCCGCUGUGGAUGUCCUCCAAAUGGCUCUCCAUGAACGUCCUGAUGCUGGAUGAAAAACGCGUGAUGGUGGAUGCCAAUGAGUUCCCAAUCCAGAAGAUGUUUGAAAGCCUAGGGAUUUCGACAAUUAAAGUCAACAUCCGCCAUGCCAAUUCGCUGGGAGGAGGUUUCCACUGCUGGACCUGUGACAUCCGUCGCCGUGGCACCCUGAAGUCAUAUUUUGAUUAGACAUGGGCUGAGUUAGCCCUCCCAUGGUUCAGCCUGCGCGAAAUAAGCAUGGGGUGAAGAGAUCGGUUUCAUCUUUCUGCUUUAAAAUACAGAAUGUGAAUGCAUGAGCUGUAGAGCUUGGAACAAUGGUGCCCUUAACAGAGGUCCUGCAGACAGUUCGUUCAAAGGGCCAGUGUGCACAUUAUGUGGAAGACAGCCACAGAGCAGACGCCCAACAAGCCAGUCACCUGAUAGAAGCAUAAUUAUAUGUGUUUGUCACAGCCCUGCUUAACGCUUUUCGGUGUACAAAUGCAGACUGCCUUUCGGAAGUUAGCACUGCAGUUUAAACUGUAGAAUUCAUUUUCUUUACCUACUCCUUUUAUAGAGAAACACCUGUCUUGAAAGUGCUCCUGCCCUGGGUGUGCACUUGAGGAG